GAGCUGGAAUCACAGCACGCCGUCGCCGCCAUGGUCCUCGUCAGACGGACGCCGCUGCUCCGCUACCUGCUGCUGGCGGCCAUGUUGGCUCUGCUGCUCCUCAUCAGCUCCUUCUGGCUACCUCACGGCGGAGGUCCAGACUGUGGCGCCGCCUGGCCGCCGUGUCUGAGCCUCUACCACACGCCCAGGCCUCCGCGGGUCAGGGAGGCAGCCCCGGUUCUGAAGGAGUGUCCGGGCCAGAGGUUCCAGACCUGGCGUCUCCUGCUGAGCUUAGAGUCCAGUCUGUCGGACGAUGACGACGUCCUGCUGGAGCCGUACCUGCAGAGCUGGGACCAGCUCCUCGUCUUCAUGGAGUCUCUGGGGGCCGUGGUCCGAUUCUUCUCUCAGAAGGUGGAGGAGAAAAUCCUGCUGAUGCGACAGCUGUCGCUCUCACACGGGGCAGAGGCUCCUUGGAAGCCACUGAGUGGGGCCUACCGCUCCGUGGGCUCCAUGGUGGAGGCGGAGCUGGGAGCAGGAAUGGUGGACUUCUCGCGGCGCUCGGACUCCGGCUGCCGGACGCUGCUGCGCCUGCACCGCUCGCUGCUGUGGCUCAAGCUGAUGUUGGAGGGUUUGGCUGAAGGGCCGGACGCAGCAGGAAGGUUCAAAACGCCAGGAGAGCUCGGCAGGCAGGCCUACCAGCAGGCGCUGGCCCCCCACCACCCCUGGAUGCUGCGCCGCGCGGCGGAGCUGCUGUUCGUGGCGCUGCCGGAGCGCGGCUUCUUCCUGCGGCUGGUGUGUGUGGAGCAGCAGGAGGCGGAGCCUGUGCUGCGGGUUCUGGUCCAGGCGCUGACGCGGGUGCACGCGCGGACUCAGCGCAUCCUGGCCCGGCGUGGCCUGCUGGAGCUGCCCUGACCCGACCCAGCAGGCCCAGCCUGUGUCGACCUCCACUCCGGCCUCGGGUCCUCGGGUUCAAUCCCAGCAGCGUCAGACGACUGGGUCUGAUCAGCGGCGGCGCCGCGACGCUGUGAAAGGCAGAGCUCUUCAUCCUCUUCAUCCUCUUCGUCUCCCGUCUACAAGAAAUCCAAGUUUGAAGAAAACACAAAUCUCAGUCGUUUGUUUAGUCAAACUUUUUAUUUAACACUGGACUUAUUUAUUGUCAAUAGCAGAAGGUUUAUUUAUUAUUGACUCCAUGUUUGUAGCAUCUCCAUGAAAUCAGAAGCUUUUUCUACAGAUGUUUAGCCGAUGUUGUAGCUGCUAACUCAAUAAAUGAAUCCCCAGAUGAACUCAGUGGGUGCUUCAUGUACGCGUUACGUGACCUUGGCUCAGACGAACAGCGUCGCGCCGCAUCCUGGGCCGGUCUUCAGGCCGCGGUCGAUCUCCGCUGCCUCAGGCUCCGCGUCCUGGGCCUCUGCAGCCCCGGCUCAGCCCGAACACGUCCACAGCAGUGUGGCUGCAGCCUGCAGGAAGGUGGACCUGAGCAGCGCCAGGACGUCGGGCUCCUGGACAUGAGCUCGACAGCUCAGCUCCUGCGCCGACGACCUCACCCGGACCAGUGGAGGCAGAGGUCCGUCUGCAGAUGUUCACCUUCAGGCUGAGGGAGACGUUCAGGCGUCUCCUACCGUCGGUCGAGGCCGCGUCCGGCUGUGAAUCCUCCAGCAUCAGGACCUGAAAGCAGUCACUGAGCCGAGGUCAGCGGAGCUUCCUCCUCUCAGGGUGACUGGCAGAAGAUCAAAGGGUUUCCUUUAUUAACCAGGACACUCAAAGGCGGUCAUCACACUAGUUUUCCUAGUAGAUCCUGAGGUCCAGCGGGUUCAGCAAGUCAGCGCUUCUUCCUGUUUGACUGAACUCUGGGGGAACGCGUUCUGUGGAGCAGCAGGUCAGAACGAUCAGUCCCUGAACGUCACAGAGCGGUGGAGCUUCUAAUAAUCUCAUCUGCCUUUUUGCCUUCGCGUGGUUUUACAUUCAUUCUCAAAAUCAUUUUCAAAUGCAGGAUUUAAAUAAAGCGAUGGAUUUAAUGAUUUAAUGCUUCCUUCACCAGCGUUUAGGUCAGUGAUCCUGUUACUAAACUUGGGACUGACUGUUGUCACACUGUACAAAUCAUGCUUGGAAAAAUAUUAAUAUGUGAAGUAUCAGCACAAGUUUAUUAUUACAGCUGAAAAACAACAGCUUCCCACCUUGAUGCCAGUUCAGAGUCUGGGUCUUUCAGAUCUUCCUGUUUCUGUCUGGAGCUCAAUGCUGCAUCUCCACCGACCCCAUCAUCAUCAUCACCAUGAUCAUCAUCCCCAUCAUCAUCAUCAUCAUCAUCAUCAUCAUCAUCAUCAUCACCAC